AUGGCCAACAAACCUGCCCUGCUAGCCAUCCUCGUCGGAUUUGCAGCCCUCUUUUGGCAACUUCUCCUUCGUGAUGCCAUCUACAAUGGUGCAGGACUUGGUCGCAAAGUACAGCCAAUCUCAGACUUUCCAUACAGAUGUCAUCGCGUAAGCGGAGACCCCAACAUCCAAGCUUGCGAGGAUAUGUGGCUGGACCAGAAGUCCAGGACGUUGUAUCUGGCGUGCUCGGACUCGAUGGCGAGAAAACAGUGGAUGCCAAACAUCCAUCGGCUCAAUGCUUCGGCGCGAGCACUGAACGACCAUGUCGUGGCCAUGGAUAUCGACAGCCCGACUGGGGAAGGAGGAUAUGCUUACCGCGUUCUGAAAACACCCGGUUUUGCUGGCGUAGAUGGCGACGGGCGGAUCCACGUCGUAGGCAUGACCGGCACAACUUCAGCCUACGGGGUCAAGACCCAGAUCUGGCUGGUCAAUGCAAGACCCUCGGUGAAUGCGAAGACAGGAGAACUCCUCGACAACACUGCUACUGGAGCAAAUUCGACGAUUGAGGUUUUUGAGACGCAGCAGGGGUCUGAUAGCGUGGUACACCUGCGGACAUAUGCUGACCCACAGAUUGCGACCCCGAAUAACGUCGCUGUGGCAGAAGAUGGCGGAUUCUUCUUUACAAACGAUCACGGGCCUCACAAGGUCGGCUGGCAACAUCACUUGUCCAGUUUCAUUGGAACGGGCGACGUCUCCUACUGCUCGUCAGCGGGCGUGUGCAAGAAAGUUGCUCACGGCUUCAAAUUUCCCAAUGGUCUGCACCUUGGCAGCGACGGCCUCCUCUAUGUGCCCAGUGCGGCUAUAGGAGGCAUCACCGUGUUCAGGCCGAAGCCCGAUGGUUCACUGCUUCGGGUACACUUCAUCGACCUGGAUUAUCCCCUUGACAACCUGUCCGAGGACAGCAACGGGGACAUCUAUGCCGCCGCCUUACCCAAGGGCAUGCAAUCACUGGCUGCUUUCGAAGACCCUUUGAACCAGAAGAGUGCACCUGCCGCGGUGUGGCGAGUAAGGAGGUUGAAUAGAGACGUCCCGAACAAGUACCAGUAUGAGUUGACAAAAGUCAUUGAAGAUGCUGAAGGGGAGCUUCUGCCGAGUACGACCACAUGUGUUCAUGAUGCGAAGACGGGAAGGCUAUUCCUGAGCGGUGAGUUGAGCCUCCACGCCAAUCCUCGUCCUAGUGGAUACCCUAACUAA